UAUACUAACUUAAAUAUGUUCUUUUCCAGAACAAAUUGAAGUCUUUAGCUAUUGUAUGCACUGGAAGUGCUUUUGCUUAUUCUGGCCUUUGCAUUUAUCAGCAUAAUGAGAAAUUUUAUGAAAAUGUUCUUUUACCAGCAGUACAUACUCUAGAUCCAGAAUUUUCGCACAAACUAGCUGUUAAAGUUAACAAAUAUGGCCUUCUUCCUCGAUCAAAAUAUGUCGACCAACCAGUACUCAACAGUAAAGUAUGGAAUCUUGAGUUCAACAAUCCUAUUGGCAUGGCUGCUGGUUUCGACAAAGAUGCAGAAGCUGUAGAAGGUCUAUUGAAAAUUGGAUUUGGUUUUGUCGAAGUUGGCUCUGUGACACCCCUUCCGCAAGCAGGCAAUGAGCGUCCUAGGGUUUUUCGGCUUCAAUCAAAUAAAGCUAUAAUUAAUAGAUAUGGUUUCAACAGCGAGGGACAUGAUGCUGUUUUGUCUCGUGUAAAAACUACUAGGAAGGAGGGUGGUGUGGUAGGAGUCAACCUUGGUAAGAAUAAAGAAUCAAAAGAUGCGGUCGGUGACUAUGCAAAGGGGAUUGAGCUGUUUUCUCCUUAUGCUGAUUAUUUAGUUAUUAAUAUUUCCAGCCCGAAUACUCCAGGAUUACGAGAUUGGCAACGUAAGGAACAGCUCGAAGUACUGUUAACAAAACUAAAGAAGGUUAGGGAUACGCAACCUGUUCGACCUCCUCUGCUACUCAAGUUGGCUCCAGAUCUCACUUCAGAACAGAUUCAGGAUAUUGCCAUUCUUGUCUUGAAGCCUCAAUGCCAAGUUGAUGGUCUUGUGAUAUCAAACACUAGUACCUCGCGUUAUGAUGACUUAGAAAAAGAUCUAGCUAAAGAAGCAGGAGGACUAUCCGGCGCACCUAUUUCUAAAGCUUCAACUUCGAUGAUCGCAACCAUGUAUAAGCUUACAAAAGGUCAGAUUCCUAUAAUCGGUGUAGGAGGAGUUUUUACUGGUGAAGAUGCUCUCGAGAAAAUCAAAGCUGGAGCGAGCCUGAUACAGCUUUACACUGCCUACGUGUACCAUGGGCCUCCGAGAAUAACUCGACUCAAAAAAGAACUAACGGAACUACUGGAGAAAGAAGGAUUUAAGAGUAUCAGCGAAGCAGUCGGCGCUGAUAAUAAAUUAUUUUUAUCCGAUGUCAAAGAGGCACAAAAUACAAAGGUCGAUCCACACUGAAAUUUCAUCAUAAUUUGUACCUCCAAUUGCAUUUUCUAUUUUGUUAUUCAACAUAUUGAAAUUACAACUUAUUUUGUAUAGUGUUUCUAUCGAGUUUUUGUUUGUAUAGUGUUACUUUAUACUAAAAGAGUUUAUUUUGUCGAGGAUUUUUAUUAAUAAAUUGUUACUUCUAAAUAAAAGUGUUAACAAUUA